UGGAUGUCAGGAGUAAAUUUUAAAUACUAAUUUUAUUAUAUUUUUUAAUCUGUGAAAGAAUUUAGUUUCAAAGAUGCCGAAAUCGAAGAGGGAUAAAAAAAUUUCACUCACUAAAACUGAUAGAAAAGGUUCAGCCUUAAAACAGAGGAUCAUGGAAGAUGUUAAGAAAUAUGUGGAAGAAUACAGUAGCAUAUUUCUAAUCUCUAUUCAAAAUUCACGCAACACUAAGCUUCUUGAUUUACGUGCUGAAUGGAAAGACAGUAAACUUUUCUUUGGAAAGCUCAGAAUAAUUGCACUGGGUCUGGGAAAAUCAAAGGAAACCGAAGUUGCAGAAGGUAUACAUAAAUUAGCUAAUGCAAUGAAGAACCACUCAAUGAGAGGCCAGUGUGGUCUGUUAUUUACUAAUAGAUCAAAGAAACAGGUAAUGGAAUGGGCAGAAAACUAUGAAGAAAUGGAAUAUGCCCGUUCUGGAUUUGUAGCACCUGAAACAGUGGAAUUACCUGAAGGACCUCUACCACAGUUCCAACAUAGCAUGGAACCACAGUUGAGACAGUUGGGUAUGCCUACGUCAUUGAAAAAGGGAAUUAUUACUUUGAUUAAACCAUUCACAGUUUGUAAAAAGAAUGAAGUACUUACACCGGAGCAAGCGCAAAUUCUGAAAUUACUAAGUAAACCGCUAGCAGUUUUUAAGCUGCAACUUUUGGGGGUGUACACGAAAAAAAAUGGUUUUAAGAAAAUUACAGUAUCAGAUGACACAAGAGAGAACGAUGAAGAAGAGAUGGAUAUGGAGGACAAUGAUGGUACAUGAAAUUUAU